UUUCAACAUCGACUUACAGACACUUGCAUGAGGCACUUCUAAUCAGCAUUAUGUGAAAUUUGUGUCCCGUCUCCUCCACCACGGCAUGCGGUUGUGAGGCAUGCUGCUCGGUGCUCAGUUGGUCAACUAAAGUCCUAACCUCAGCGUGAGACUCCACCCCUUUACGAGCAUCGGACACCUUCAGCACAACAAAGCAUGUGUCGCUCCGCAACAUUGUUUCUCCUCUGAAUGUGCGGAAUAUAGGAUUUUGCCGGAUUUUGUGCCGUUUGCGUUCCCAUUGAUGCGAAUCCUAGAGUAGGUAAGCCAAAUUGGCUACCAUGACAACAGAGGCAAGUGCAGUGAGCGAGGCGGACACCGAGGGCCAGCAGAAGGCCAGCGGCGCCGGACCCGAAUCAGAGAACAAGCAGAAGCCAGUGGCGGCAGCAUCUGAGCCGGAGGGGGAGCAGUCGGGCAAUAAGGCCCAGGAGCAGGCCUCUGAGCCUGGGUCUGCUGAUGUAGCUACCUCACCCGAGGAGGAGCAGCUGAAGCCUCGCACCCGGACCUCUGCGGGCAAAGGCCUGUCUCGCCUCUUCUCCUCUUUCCUCAAACGGCGUUCACAGUGCUCUGAGGGAGAGGGGUUUGAGGCAGAGAAAGCUGGGGAAGAAAAGGCAGACAAAGAGGAAAAAGCUGACAAGGCAGAAGAAGAGAAGGAGGAAGAGGUGAAAAGUGAAGAGAAGAAGGCUAAAGCAGAGGAGGAAAAAUCUGAGGUAAAAGAAGUGAAAAAGAAAGAAGAAGAAAAAGUAGAACAAAAGGAGGAGAAAAAGGAAGAGGAAGAAAAAGUUGAGAAGAAGGGCAGUAAAAAGAAAAAGAAAGAAGCCAAGAAGAAAGUAGAGAAAAAGCAUGAGGAAAAAGUGAAACAGGACGAGGAGAAAAAGGAAGAGGAAAAGGUGAAAAAGAAAGAGCCACAAAAGGAGGAGGAGAAACCACAGCAGACUGUAGAAAAGGGGGAGGAAAAAGUGGAGACAAAAAAAGAAGAAAAGAAAGAGGCUCCUGAAGUUAAAGACAAAGGUGCAGAAGCCGGAAAGAAAGAGAGUAAAGAGGAGGAAAACGUUGACAAGAGGGUUGCAAAGAAAAAAGAAAAGGAAGAAAAGAUAAAGAAAAAGGAAGAGGAAAAAGCAAAGAGGAAAGCAGAGGAAGAAGAAAGGGUAAAGAAGAGAGAAGAAGAGAAAGCAAAGAAGAAAGAGGAAGAAAAGGCACGAGAGGCCGAAAAAGCAAAGAAGAGAGAAGAGGAAAAGGCCAAAAAGAAGGAAGAGGAGAAGACAAAAAAGAAAGAAGACGAGAAACCUAAAGAGGAGACUAAAACGAAAGAAGAGAAGGGGAAAGAAGAUGUAAAAAAGAAGGAGGAGGAAAAAACAGGAGAAGAGGAAAAGGGGAAGAAAAAAGAGAAGGGCAAGAACAAAGGAAAGAAGGAGGAGAAGGAGGAAAAGGAGGCAAAAGGGCCAAGUGAGGAGCAGGUGAAAGCACCGAUUGCUGCUCCAGAGCCUGAGCUUAAAACGGAGCCAGACACUGAACAGGCCCCUGAUCAGCACUCGAUAAGCAGCGGAGAGACGCAGCCACCUCAAGAGGAAGAAGCUGUGAUAACGAAGGAGCCUGACGUAGAGGAAGAAGUGAAGAAAGAGGAGAAAGAGAAGAAAGAGGAAGAAGCAGCAAAGCAGGAGAAAGAAGCCGAAGGAGAGGGAAAGGCAAAGGAGGAGACGAAGAAAGAGAAGCCAGGGAAAGAAAAGACAGAGAAGAAGACAGAAGAGGUUAAAGGCUCCAAACGUCAGAAAACCAUGCAAUGCAAAGUCACCUUACUGGACGACACUCUGUUUGAGUGUGAGCUUGAUAAACAUGCCAAAGCCCAAGAACUUUUAACAAAGGUGUGUGACCAUGUUAACCUGCUGGAGAAGGAUUAUUUUGGCCUGGCUCACUGGGAAACACCAACCAACAAGACGUGGUUGGAAGCCACCAAAGAGAUCCGGAAACAGGUGUCGGGUGCUGUGUAUGAGUUUACAUUCAACGUGAAGUUCUACCCUCCUGAUCCAGCACAGCUUACUGAAGACCUCACCAGGUACUUUCUGUGUGUCCAGCUGAGGAAGGACAUUAUGCGUGGUAUUCUUCCCUGCUCCUUUGUCACACUGUCCCUGCUGGGCUCCUACGCAGCCCAGUCGGAGCUUGGAGAGUACGACCCAGAGCUCCAUGGAACAGACUAUGUUAAGGAUCUGAGCCUGGUUCCCGGACAGAGCAAAGAGCUGGAGGAAAAGGUGAUGGAGCUGCACCGCACAUACAGGUCAAUGAGUCCAGCCCAAGCAGACAUGUUGUUUCUGGAAAAUGCCAAGAAACUUGCCAUGUAUGGAGUAGACCUUCACCAAGCCAAGGAUCUUGACGGUGUCGACAUCACGCUGGGGGUUUGCUCUAGUGGUCUGAUGGUUUACAAGGACAAGCUAAGGAUCAACCGUUUCCCUUGGCCCAAAGUGCUCAAGAUCUCUUACAAACGGAGCAGCUUCUUCAUCAAAAUCAGGCCAUCAGAGCAAGAGCAGUAUGAAAGCACAAUUGGCUUUAAACUGCCCAACUACAAAGCCUCGAAGAAGCUGUGGAAAGUUUGUGUUGAACACCAUACGUUCUUCAGGGUUCCAACAGUAGAGCCUCCCUCAUCACGUCGCUUCCUUGUCUUGGGCUCUAAGUUCAGAUACAGCGGGCGUACUCAGGCCCAGACCCGCCAGGCCAGCUCCAUGAUUGACCGCCCAGCCCCACGCUUCACACGCUCUGCGAGCAAGAGGCUGUCACGUAACCUAGAUGGAGCUGGAGAUGAAACUCUCCAGCUCCUGCAACAACUCUCAGCAUCAUCCAGGCCUGAGUUUGAUGAUUGGUCGCUGAGGCUUGCAUCUGACAAACCCCAGCUUUCUCCUGAAUUCCCAGCCAGAGGGGAGUCUGAGCAGCCUUUCAUUCAGUCCUGGGAGGAGGGGCAGUCUGUUCACACAGUCACAGUAACCUGGCAGGACACUGAGACUGGGCAGACUUGCUCUGAAACCAUCACCCAGACAGCAAGUCAGCCGUGGCAGGAGCUGGCAUCUGACGAAAGUAGAAAGGAAGACGAGUGGUCUGCCCUGCUCUAUCGUCAUCCUCCUUUUCCCUUUGUCCCACCUUUUGAUUCUGUGAAACAGCCAGCUAAGAUCAGCCUGGCAAAAAUGAGCUCUAUGGACAGGCUAUUUCAACCAGCCCAGACACAGCAAGAUGACUGGUUCCUUUACUUUGACCGAAUCUUCAGCUUAUCCUCACUUGAGUGUGCUGAUAAAACAUUCUCCCCCCUAGCUCUGUUCCAGCUCCAAGAGAAGGAUGAGCAGGGCAUGCAUGUGGUAGAGCAGGAACAAACCAGAACAGAGAUUAUUAAGAGGCUGCAGGAAAGUGUGAUCUUGGUAGACAUGCUGACAGAGGCAGAUAUUUUGGAAAGGAGGCUGAGCAAAGUGAAGGAUUUAGAGGAAAGGCUCCAAGAAGUGGAUGAGAUGGCAGAGAGAAUUCAGGGAGUAAUAGAAGAGGAAUUAGGUAAGGAAGAGGUAGAUAAGUUAAGAGAAGAAGAGGGAGAUUUGAAGCAUGAACAACAAGUUGAAGGUAUGACUGAAAGAGUGGUGAAGAAAUCUGUGAGGAGAAUAGAGGCAAACGAGGAUGAAGUGGAUGAACUGGAAGAGCAGAUAAAGCGGGUGUUUCUAAAAGGCUUGUUGCUUGAAGAGGAAGUAGCUGAGGUGAUGCAGAAGAGUGAAAAAGAGGGGACAGACGAAAGUCAGUUGGAUGAUGGCCUGAGAGAGAAGCUACGGCAGAUGGAAAAGGAAUGGCAAGACGAGGUGGAGGAGAAGAUGUCGGAUGUUGGCGGUACCAGCUCUGUAGUAGCAUACCAGAAGGUUGAGCGCAGGACUAAGAAGAUAGUGACUAUUGUAGAAGAGAGAGUGCCGAGGCAGGAAGAAAUGGAAGAUGGGCAGGUACAGUCUGGUGGAAUAUCAGAGGAGACGCUAGAAAAAGGAGGAGCAUGGCAUGAGACAGAAAUACCAGGCUACAUAACUCAGAGAAAAGCUACAGAGAGGCUUCAGGCUGAGGAUCCAUCUCAGGUGGCAGAUAAGGAUGUCUGGUUCAUACUUUUCGACCGACCUCCAUACAAAGCUGUUUAUAAACCACCAGUUACCACUGUGGAACGUGCUCAGGUGGAUGAAGGCGAGUAUUUCACCUCAACAACUGAGAUUACAACAGUUGAGGAGAAAACAGAGAUUAUAGUAGAAGAAGGAGAAAUAAGAGAAGAGGAAGCAUGGCGUGUACCAGAGAUCCCACCACCAUCACAGACCAUCACAGACAGGGCUGAUGACUGGUUUGUGUUGCUGGAUGUUAUUCCCAGACAAACGCCUUAUGUACCACCAGUUACGUUGAAGGGAAGAGACCCAAUGGAUGCAGCAAGUUUGGUCUCAGUGGUUGGAACUGCAGCCGAUGAGGCAAUUAGAGAAGUAGUAGCUGAAGAGAGAAAGUUAAUAGAAGAGGCACCAAGACACCUAGAAGAAAUCCCACAGCAGCCGGUGACAGACAGAGAUGAUGACUGGUUUGUGUUGCUGGAUGUUGUUCCCAGAGGAACAUCAUAUGUACCACCAGUUAUGUUGAAGGGAAGAGACCCAAUGGAUGCGGAAAGUUUUGUCUCUGUGGUUGGAACUGCAACCGAUAAGACAAUAAGAGUAGUAGUAGCUGAAGAGAGGAAGAUAACAGAAGAGGCACCAAGACACCUAGAAGAAGUCCCACAGCAGCCAGCGUCAGACAGAGUUGACGACUGGUUUGUGUUGCUGGAUGUUGUUCCCAGAGAAACAACAUAUGUACCACCAGUUGUUGCAGAGCAUGUGGAAGUGUCUCAAGAAGAACGUGUCUCUCUAGUUGAAGUAACAACCAUUGAGUGGAGAGAAAAAAGAGUGGAGGUGGUAGUAGCAGACACUGAAAUAACAGAAAUCCAGAGUGAAAAGCAAGUUGUAGCAGUUUCACAGGCUAUGAGAGAGAUAGAAGAUGACUGGUUUGUGCUGCUGGAUGUUCCUGCUAGAGAACCAUCAUUUGUGCCAGUUACCAUGGCAGAGUACGUUCAGGUUUAUCCUGAAGAAAGCAUUUCUACUAUGGCCGAAACAAUAACAGUAGAGUCCAGGAAGAAGGUUGGAGUUGAAGAGACUGUGGUGUGGAAAGAGGACAAGGAGCUUCCCAAGCAAAUUAUCCCAGAGCAGAAAAUGUCUCAGCCAGUCAGAGAAAGAGUCAUUCCUUUUGAGAUUAUUCCAGAUGUGCAGAAGAUGUUUGAGGCUGAGGUGACGCCCACAGAGACUAGAAUAUGGAAGAAGAUGAUAAUUGGUGCAGAGAGCAGGCAGGAUGAGACGCGUCUGUCUGAAAUUAGACCUAGCCAAACUGCACCACCGUCUGAGAGAGGAGGCGGCGAUGAUUGGUUUGUUAUGUUCGACGUCAUCCGUGAAAAGCCUGUUGUCAUACCGCCAGCUGCUGUGGUUGAGCGUAUUGUGGGUGUGGUGGCAGCCACAGAACCAAAACCAAAAUUCAUCCUGGAAGACAUGAGGCCGCCUAUGAAGUUGGUGGAGAUUACACCACCACAUCCGAGACAGGUGGAUGAUGACUGGCUUGGGCUGCUAAAUGUUGCAGUGAAAGCACCAGUGACUGCGGACCAGCGUAUCCGUGUGCAUCCUGAAGUAAGACCAGCUAAAGAGUUUUCAGCCAUAGAGCAGAGAGCACAGCAGAGAGUUACUAUAGUGGAGGAAAUGUGGCAGCAGGAGAAGGUGGUACAGCAGAAACCGCAUCCAGCAAUGAGAGAGGUGGAAGAUGAUUGGUAUACUCUUUUGGACAUGGCCACUAAGAAAUCAGUCGCUGUCCCUGAGCGCAUCCAGUUGCCAGCAAAGGCGAGAGCUCCUGCUGCUGUGGCCAAAACAAGGAUCGCUAUUUCCGAGAUGAGACCGCAGUUUGAGAAACGGAUCCGGGAGGAAAGACGUCCACUCCCAGAAACGCAUAUCAGUGAUGAUUGGUUUGUUCUACUAGAUGUUGGCCUCAAACAGUCAGUGGUGAGUGCACAGAGGGGCACCCGUCCUGUCAGUGCUCCGGUCUUCUCCCAGGCUGCUCUGGCAGAGGCUGGGAUCCCCAUGGCCCCUUUCGAUCAGCCCCAGACCUCCACUCCAAUCAAGACCGACCGCAAGGAGGAAAGAAAGCUGGAGGUCACUGUAGAAGCUGUGGAGCCAUCAAAAAUCGAGGCUGUGACUGAGGUCAAGCCAGCAGUGUGGAGGGACCACAGAGAAGUAGACUCUUCACUGAUAUCCACCAUCAAUGGGGACAUUCAGCACGAGUCUCAGGCGGUGAGCACGGAGGUGGUGCGUAUGCGAAAGAAAAGAGCUAAGAAAAUUGAGGGUGACUCAAUUUAUGUCAGACAUAGCCUUUUAAUGUUGGAGGAGUUCGAUAAGCCCCAGGAGGACUUGCUCAAGCAUCAUGCCAGUAUCAGUGAGUUGAAGAGGAACUUCAUGGAAUCCGUCCCGCAGCAGAGGCCCAGUGAGUGGGACAAGCGCCUGUCCACACACUCCCCGUUCCGCACCCUGGGGAUCAAUGGUCAGCCUCUGCCCAGUGCAGAUGGGAGUGUGUGCGUUAGUCUCCUUUGCAAUGGUUCAGAGACUGCACACGAGGAAACCAGCAGCGAUUUGGGCUUUUCAGGCAUACCGAGUCCCACUUUGAGCCACAAGAGUGAGCCUGACAGUGUUGAAGCCCACAGUGCUCUGGUUGAGGAAGAGUCAAGUGACCAGGAAGAGGUUGUAGUUUUUGAGACCGCCUUGGUGCCAAUCGUAGAGGUGGAGACGGCGCAGCUGUCUCCCUCCCUCGACCCCUGCUGUAAAGCUUUAGAUGAGACCCUGGAGGAGGAAGGAUCGUAUCCCGGAGUGUCGGAGUGCUCUGGGAGGAUAGUUGGAUCUUCCCCAGCUUCCUAUUUCAGAAGCGAUGGUCCACAGGUCAUACGCUGCUUCCAGCCCCCUCUGGUGCAGACCCAGACAGUCACCAUCACAGCUGUCUCCAACUCCUUACCAAGUGGCAUCUCCACCACAGAGGUCCCUGUCGUCCCAACCAAGACCUUCAUCUAUGAAUCUUCAAAGGUGACAGAUGACGGGACAGACGACAAAGAUGGCACAACUGUGUCCAGCUCCAAGACUGUUACCUCAGAGGCCACCAGUGGCACCACAGUCACCACCACUACCACUCACAUCUCAAAGGUGGUGAAAAGCGGAUCUUCGGAGACUCGUGUGGAAAAGAGAAUCGUCAUAACUGCAGACUCUGACUUUGACCAAGAGAAGGAGAAAGUUGGCGGAGCAUCAGCAUUGUAACUGAAUUGCCGCCCACAUUUACUCCACCUCUGACAUCCCUUCUAGAGGGCUGUACUCAACACACAGUGACCAGCUCUAUCUGCGCACACAUAUCCAAAAAGAAAUAUCUGCACCUAAACUAAUGGAUAACGGAGUAGAAAAAUCGUAGUAGAUUUUUUUUGUUGUCUUUUUUUCCCCCCAUUGAGCUGUUCAUUGUAGGUAGAGGACGGCUGCAUAGUGCUCCAGUUUUCAAAUGCUUUUCUCAUCCAGGUGUAAAAAAAAAAAAAAAAAAAGCUUAGUGAAUACACUUCCAUUGGUUAAAAAAACAGCAUUUUGAGUUAAGUGAUCUCAGUUAUGUUUGCUUUUAAAUGCUUUUAUUUUCCUUAUGGUUUUUACAUUGUUGAUUUUAUACAAAUGUACUGUUUCCAUUCUAGUUUAGACACCAUUAUCAGCAUUUAUUCCCUUGGUGCUGCUAGGGGAACGGUAAGGCUACAUUCAAGGGAACUUUUUUGUUUGUUUGUUUAUUGUUGUUUACUUGUCUAUUUAAUUCAGGAGUGACAUUUUUGAAAAAAUUAAAUGACAUACCUCGCAUCAAUAUGUGAACAAAGGUAAUAUAUGCUUAAAUUUGGACAGUUGUUUGGUUUUGCUCAAUGCUCAGGUACAAAAACAUCAAUUAUUUUCUUCACUAACCAGCCAAGAACUGGUAGCCUACACAUUAUUGUAAAGUUUGAAUUAAAAAUGGAUCUAUUUUGAAAUAUUUCACUAUUUUAUAGAAUUGAUGAUUUUAUAGUAUUUGUACAAAUUUAAGGUUUUUAAGUUAUUCACAUCCAUCUGCUCAUUAAAUUGUAGGUUACCAUUGUGCUGUUUACUGGAUUUUGACAUCUCUGUAAGACCUGCUAACCUGCCUGACAUCCUGAAUCAUUCUUAUUCGUUUCCUCUUGUAGUCCACCAAGUUUGUCUAACAUUUAACAAUUUACAUUUGACAAUGAAGUGCUUCCCUCUGCCCUGUGUUUUGUUCAGUAGCAAGUCAUAAUUUCUUUGAAUAUAUUUGGUUGAUAAGGAAAGUUUUACAAGCUUUGGUCUGUUUAUCUCAGGUUUUGAUAUUCUUUGUAAGACUACAGACCUCCUUGAUUGUGUGAGGAAUGUCCAUAUAUGUAUAUUCACCCCAACUUUAAAUGUACAUUUAUGUUCAGCCAAGUGAGGUCAGUAAAUACAAGGCUUGUCUGUCACAGUGACCAUGUGUAAGAGGUGAAGGCAGCUGUCCCAGUAUAUGUGGCUUUUCUCUCAUAGGAGCACAAGUUGUUUUUUUUUUACAUUUAUGUUCUACUAUACAGUAAUUUAUUUGUAAAGUAGGACCUGUCUCAUGUGAUUUGAUGUAUUGUGAUGUUUUUCAACACGAGCUGGUUUCUAGGCUUCCACUAGAGAUGUCACCAUGUUAAAUAUUGUAUUCAUUAUCAAGAAAGUUUGUAAAGCCUUUUUACCGCAUAGUCUAAGUAGAUUGCUCUCUCACUUGCCGUUUCCUGUACUUUUACUUAGAAGAGAACAUGCUUAAAAUAUAUACAGGUCCCUUUUAGGUAGCACCAUUUAUCAAACUUUUUCAACCCACAAAGCUAUUGGUAUUGUAGCUACACAGAAAAACAACAAACCUCUCCUGGAAGAAAAUGUAGAAUUUCACUUGAAGAAAAUAGUUUUUAGACGAUGGAAAAUAAUGUUGCUUUGUGACUUAUCCCUCUUUUUAUGAAAAAAUAAAACAUGCAUUAUUUAGCA